GGCGUGAGGAUCACGUGGAUCAAGAGCCAGUGCGCAGGCGCAGAUUGGCCCAUGCCGUCAAGAGGAGGGCUGGCAAAAGACGCAGGCGCAGUCCGUCCGGCCCGCCCGACGUCCUAGUCGCCGGCAGCGCAUGCGCGCCGAUGGAAGGAGCGAGCAAGAUGGCGGCGGUGAUUCAAAACGUUGUGAAGAACCUCGGAGAGCAGUACUACAAGGAUGCCAUCGAGCAGUGCCACAACUACAACGCCCGGCUCUGCGCCGAGCGCAGCGUCCGCCUCCCCUUCCUCGACUCGCAGACCGGCGUCGCCCAGAGCAACUGCUACAUCUGGAUGGAGAAGCGACACCGGGGGCCAGGAAUGGCCCCCGGGCAGCUCUACACCUACCCUGCCCGCCGCUGGAGGAAGAAGAGGAGAGCCCAUCCUCCGGAGGACCCCCACCUCAGCUUUGCGGCCCUCAAGCCAGACCUGGAUUUGGGAAUGAAGAAAGACAGUCUGGUGUCUCCCGAUGGCAGCAGCCUCGAAGCAUUGCUACGCGGAGAGGCGCUAGAUAAACAGAGGGGUUUGUCCGACCACAGGGACGAUGACAGCCUCAAUGACUACCCAGUAAACAACAGCAGGGCACGAAAGAGAAUCCUGGAUCCGGAUGAUUUCCUGGACGACCUGGAUGAUGAAGAUUAUGAGGAAGACCUCCCGAAGCGCCGGAGCAAAGGCCGAGCCAAGGGUAAAGGAGUCGGCAGGAGCGCGAGGAAGAAAGCGAUGGAUGCUGCCGCCAUCGAGGACCGUGAGAAGCCUUACGCCUGUGACAUCUGCGGAAAGCGUUACAAGAACCGCCCCGGACUCAGCUAUCACUAUGCACACUCCCACCUGGCGGACGAGGAGGGAGACGACGACAAGGACCUGGAGCCGCCAAUUCCGGUAUCGCAGCGGAGAGAGGAGCUGGGUCGACCUCCAGGCGACUUGAGAAAAUUGAAAGCAGCUAAGAAAGGUCCGGACGGCCUGGCUCUACCCAACAACUACUGUGACUUCUGCCUGGGCGACUCGCGGCUGAACAAGAAGACGGGGCAGUCGGAGGAACUGGUGUCCUGCUCGGACUGUGGCCGCUCAGGACACCCCUCGUGCCUGCAGUUCACUCCGGUGAUGAUGGCGGCGGUAAAGACCUACCGGUGGCAGUGCAUCGAGUGCAAGUGCUGUAACCUGUGCGGCACCUCGGAGAACGACGACCAGCUGCUGUUCUGCGACGAUUGCGACCGCGGCUACCACAUGUACUGCCUCACCCCGCCGAUGUCCGAGCCGCCCGAAGGGAGCUGGAGCUGCCGCCUCUGCCUGGAGACACUGAAAGAAAAGGCGUCAAUCUACCAAAAUCCGAACCCUCCCCCCUCCUAACUUGCCUGGCCCGUGGAUAGCAGGGCCUCCCGCCAGGGCGUCAGCAGGGCCGGAGGUCGGGCGAGCUCCCAGGAAAUCUCAGGGGCAGGGGUGGUCCACACAGUCACUCACCCACAGAACAGGUCUUUGUGUGUGUGUGUGUGUGUGUGUGUGUUCACGGCUCUGUGCGCACACGCAAGCCUGUGUGUCUACAUAUAUCGACACGUGUGUGUGCAUCUGUCGUCUGUGUGCACGUUUGUAUGUGUGUGUGUGUGUGUGUGUGAGAGAGAGAAUGGGAGGGAGAGAGAUGGAUCCCUAAUUCCCCUGUGGGAACACUACAAUAUUAAGUCUGAGAUGUUUGAUGGGACCCAGUGUGAUCUCCCCAACCCAGUCCUGUCUGUCCCCGGGCACCGGGCUGAGUCCAGAUAUCCAGGGGCUGUGACAGAAGCCUUCCACCCUUCCCCCCCCCCCAA